UCAGGACGGGGCGCACGAACCUGGACGGCUGCAGGGGGAGGAGGGGGGCAGCGGCGGCGGAGGCGACGAGAGGAGCUCCAUCGCCGGAACUCCCGCCGCCGUCAGUGCAAAGUUCGCAGGAGGAGCCUCGCCAAUCUCUGGGAAGGUGGUCGAAGAUAAGAUGAGGACACGUGGGGUAAGCUGACUGGCUGGCGGUUCACCCAUUAAAAUCUUGCUCACAGAAGAGCCGCCGCAGUAGCCAUGGAGAGGGAAACUCCGGAGCCCGCGCCGCCGCCGACCUUCCUCCGCGGGGAGGAUUCCUCGUCGGCGCGCGCCCGGUUCGAGUGUAUGAUCCGGCGGGUGCAGGCGGAGGUGUGCGCGGCGCUCGAGGCGGUCGAGGAGGGCAGCGGCGGCGGCGCGGUGUUCCGGGAGGAUGCGUGGACGCGCCCGGGCGGCGGCGGCGGCAUCAGCCGCGUGCUGCAGGGCGGCCGCGUGUUCGAGAAGGCCGCCGGGAAUGUGUCCGUCGUCUACGGCGUCAUGCCCCCGGACGCCUACCGCGCCGCGAGGCCCGAGGCGGCGGCGGCGGCGGGCGCGGAGAAGGCCGGGCCCGUUCCCUUCUUCGCUGCUGGCGUUAGCUCGGUUAUCCAUCCAAACAAUCCCUUUGCUCCCACAUUGCAUUUCAAUUACCGGUAUUUCGAGACCGAGGCAUUGCAAGAUGUUCCUGGGGCACCCAGGCAAUGGUGGUUUGGAGGUGGUACUGACCUGACGCCAUCCUACAUCAUCGAAGAGGAUAUUCAGCAUUUUCAUUCUGUUGGUCAACAUGUUCCUGUUCAGAAACAAGCAUGUGAUAAGUUUGAUCCAAGAUUUUACCCAAGGUUCAAAAGAUGGUGUGAUGAUUAUUUUCAUAUCAAGCACCGUGGCGAACGCAGGGGAGUGGGUGGAAUAUUCUUUGAUGAUCUCAAUGAUCAUGAUCAAGAAAUGCUUCUCGACUUCACUACAGGGUGUGCAGACUCCGUAAUUCCUGCAUACAUCCCCAUUCUAGAACGCUGGAAAGAUACCCCAUUUACAGAAGACCACAGGGCAUGGCAGCAGCUACGGAGAGGCCGCUAUGUGGAAUUCAACCUUGUCUACGAUCGUGGCACCACAUUUGGCCUGAAGACUGGAGGAAGGAUUGCAAGCAUCCUUGUUUCACUCCCUCUGACUGCAAGGUGGGAGUAUGAUCAUAAACCAGAAGUCGGGACUGAAGAAUGGAAACUUCUAGACGUGUGCAUAAAUCCAAAGGAGUGGAUAUAAUUGGUCAAAAGGGCUCAGUCUUCAAUUUUUUGUUGUCUGCUUGAACACAGGAGAGAACAGCAAGACAUAAACAAUUACAGAGGGAGAAACAAUUAUGGCAGUUUCCUGAAUGGAGGUGAUGACAGCAUGUAGGGACUAGGCCAUAUUCCAACUUGCCUCUCUUCCCUCUCUUCUUUCAGACAAGGGAAAUGAAAAUGAUUGCCGUUUCUUACGCUAAGAGAUAAUGUUUGUGUUCAUAUCUCUUGAUGUCUAACUUGCGUCAGCUGUAAGUAAGAAGUGUAGAUGAACAACCAAAUUUCAGAAAGUCUAGGUUUUGGUCUCCUAUAUCUUAGUAUUAAUGUGGAUCUAGAAGAAAUGCCAUCCUCGGACUGAUAAAAGAAGUUACUGUCAUUCUGAAAGAGGAGAUGUUCAAUACUGUAUCUGAUUGCUAUUCAAAGCGACUUGGGUGUGGUCUGUCACACAAAAAUAACCGAUGGCUCUCUCACAUGAAAUUCUCCUGUCAGAUAAUAUCUCCGUGAUUGUACUUGUAACAACUAGCAAGACUAUAUUUUUGUGUGAUGGAUACCUUGAGAUAUAGCUGGUGCUAAACAUAUUAAAUAUUUAUUUUAAAGUCGA